AUGCAUGUCAGCACCACCAGCAUGAAUUCAAAUAGGAGAUCUAAUGAUAUUAGGUACGGUUUGUCAUUCGUGUCAGAUAACAACGCCCAAGUUUCAAUCAUCAAUGGCGCUGGUGUAGCUGUGGAGUCCAUCUACGUGUUGAUCUUCCUUAUACAUGCACCCAAGAAGGAGAAGGGGAAGAUCAUGGGCCUUCUUGUCUUCGUCGUCGCUGUGUUUUCAGCUGUUGCAUUGGUCUCCGUUUUGGCCCUCCAUGGCAAGAACAGGAACCGUCUCUGUGGUCUAGCUGCCUCAAUCUUCUCCAUCAUUAUGUAUGCUUCUCCUUUAUCAGUCAUGGUAGGCUCUUUACACCUUAUUUUUCUUUCCUAUGAGAACAUUAUAGAGGCUGACGAUGGUGAUCAAAACAAAGAGCGUGGAGUAUAUGCCAUUCUUGGUGUCCCUCUUUGUUUUCCUAUGUGGCAGUUCCUGGUGUCCAAUGGUUUAGGUACUGGCUUAGGGGCAAUGCAGCUGAUCUUGUAUGCCAUUUACCGCAACAAGAAGGGUGACACGCAGAAAGCCACCACCAACGGAUCCCUGGAGUUGGGGCUCGGCAAGCCCCACCGGCAGAACCAUUCCACCACCCUAUAA